GCUCCGGCGCCUUCAUUCCACUUCCGCUUGUGAAGCCGCGAGGAAGGAGGCAAGGGUUCUCCGGAGAGGCGGCGAAGGGAGCCGGCAGGAGCUGCAGGAGAGCGCCGCGCCCGCCAGCCAUGGCCAGCCAGUCGCAGGGCAUCCAGCAGCUGCUGCAGGCCGAGAAGAGAGCCGCCGAGAAGGUCGCCGAGGCCCGCAAGAGAAAGAACCGGCGGCUGAAGCAAGCGAAAGAAGAAGCCCAAGCUGAAAUCGAACAGUAUCGCUUACAGAGGGAGAAGGAAUUCAAGGCAAAGGAGGAAGCGGCUCUGGGGUCCCACGGCAGCUCCACUACCGAAGUGGAGAAGGAGACCCAGGAGAAGAUGUUUGUGCUCCAGAGCAACUUCCAGAAGAACCGGGAAGAAGUCCUCAACAGCCUGCUGAACCUCGUCUGCGAUAUCAAGCCAGAGAUCCAUUUGAACUACCGCAUCAAUGGCUAGAAGAAUAUCUAAACCUUCACGGAGCAUAAUACCAACUCCAGCUCUGCCCCUUCUUUGAUAAAAGAGCUUAACUUAUUUCCAAGAGUUGUAGAUAUUCUUGAUCUCCUCCCUAAGCAAGAAAAAAAUGUUCCUUUUGUCUCUUUAGUUCAAUUAUUGUGUCUCCAAAGUGCUUUAUUAUAGAAGGUGACUCUUGGGAUGCUUUGCAAUAAGUAUUAAGUCCACAUGCUGUCCUAAGUAUUUGAAAUAUGAAGGCAGGCCUCCUUCUGCAUAGCUCUAUGAAUUUGGGUCCAAAGAGCACCUCCCUCUACCUCGCUUUGUAGGAAAAGUGGUGGAGGUUGAAUUUAUUUGUUGUGUAAGGAGUGGUUUUGAAAUAGGUUCUGUAAUAACAACCAGCCUCUUUAUACCUUUCCUGUUUAACUUGAACUAGAAACCUGUCCUUGAUGGUGCUUCGAGAAAAAGUAAAGAUCUGAUUUAACCCACA